AUGGCGGAAUUCGUGCGUGCCCAGAUCUUCGGCACAACCUUCGAGAUCACAAGCAGGUACACAGAACUGCAGCCCGUGGGAAUGGGUGCGUUCGGCCUCGUGUGCUCGGCGAGGGACCAAUUGACCGGACAGCCCGUCGCCGUUAAGAAGAUUAUGAAACCUUUCAGUACCCCAGUUUUGUCCAAGAGAACAUACCGCGAACUGAAACUAUUGAAGCACUUGCGCCACGAAAAUAUCAUCAGCCUAAGUGAUAUUUUUAUUUCUCCUCUCGAAGACAUCUAUUUCGUAACCGAGCUCCUGGGUACCGACCUCCACAGACUUCUCACAUCAAGGCCGUUGGAGAAGCAGUUUAUCCAGUAUUUCUUAUACCAGAUCUUGCGAGGACUUAAAUAUGUGCACUCAGCAGGUGUUGUGCAUCGUGAUCUUAAGCCGAGUAAUAUCCUUAUCAACGAGAACUGUGACCUGAAGAUUUGCGAUUUUGGUCUCGCCCGUAUUCAAGACCCCCAGAUGACAGGCUACGUGUCGACGCGAUACUACCGUGCGCCUGAGAUUAUGCUCACAUGGCAAAAGUAUGAUGUGGAGGUGGACAUCUGGAGUGCCGCUUGUAUUUUCGCCGAGAUGCUGGAAGGAAAGCCUCUGUUCCCCGGCAAGGAUCAUGUGAACCAAUUCUCCAUUAUCACAGAGCUCCUUGGUACCCCACCGGACGAUGUGAUUGAGACAAUCUGUAGUGAGAAUACUUUGCGAUUCGUCAAGUCUCUCCCCAAGCGCGAACGUCAACCCCUCGCCACCAAAUUCAAGAACGCUGACCCGGAUGCGGUUGACCUUCUCGAGCGGAUGCUGGUAUUUGACCCGAAGAAGAGAAUUCGCGCGGGCGAGGCGCUGGCGCACGAGUACCUUGCUCCGUACCACGACCCCACCGAUGAGCCUGUGGCAGAGGAGAAGUUCGAUUGGUCAUUCAAUGAUGCUGACCUACCGGUAGACACCUGGAAGAUCAUGAUGUACUCGGAAAUUCUCGACUUCCAUAAUAUCGAUCAGGGUACCGAGGCGAGCCAAGUCGUCGUUGAGGGAGCUGGCGAAGCCCAGCAAAAUUUUGUAUAA